AUGCAACGUUUCAAACAAUAUCUUACACGUUAUUAUGCAAUAGUCCGAUAUGGUGACAAAUCGGAACCGAUAUUUGCCCUUUGCGGUGAUAUCCCAUUACGAAAUGAUGAUGGUGCUGGGCGAUUAUCGGAUGUUCAAGACAUCGUUGAAAAGUUCCGAUUCGCUUGGGGUGUCCCAAAAAUUAGAACUUGUCAAGCAAAGAAAGUAACUCGUAAAUUUGAUACACACAGAACAUUAGAGCUCAAGACGAAACUGGUAGUGUGUCAUAUUUGCGGCAGUUACCAUGAUUACGACAAGAUAUGCGCAACCUGUUAUAAGAAAGUACAAAAAUUAACCAACUUGAUGAAAUCCAAAAUUAUGGCCUACAAUCCGUAUAUUGGAGAAAAGCAGUCGACGAAUGUGAAAUUUGAGGACGAUCCACAUCCUGGUCCGGGUAAAGCACACGAAGAUGACGAGGAUGCAAAAGCUUCAAUCGAUCGAAGAGACAGAAAACGUAUUGUUGAGUUAGGAAUUCCACGACCAACAUGGUUUAAGCCCAAAUUUAUAGAUAGUUCUGUUCGCAAUAAACAAUAA